AGAGUUUCGUCUAAGUGCAAAAGGAACUGUUUCAUAGCCGGGUCACUGAAAAAUAAAUAAAAAAAACAUGUCAAAGAAGCGAGGACUUAGUGCUGAUGAGAAAAAGACAAGGAUGUUGGAAAUAUUCCAUCAGAGUAAAGACUUCUUUCAACUCAAGGAAUUAGAGAAAAUUGCCCCAAAGGAAAAAGGCAUUACGGCACAAUCAGUCAAAGAAGUGAUUCAGGCAUUAGUGGAUGAUCACCUUGUGGAUUCUGAAAAGAUUGGCACUUCUAUUUACUUCUGGUCUUUUCCUAGCAAAGCCAAAAAUGCAAAAAAGAGGAAGCUGUUAGACAUACAAAGCCAGCUUGAUGAUUGCUGCAAAAAGUUAAAGAAAACUGAAGAAAAUUUAGCUUCUGAAUCUGUUGGAAGGGAGUUGAGUGAUGAGAGGGCAAGGCAUCUAGCAGAAUUGGAGCAAACUUUAAAGAAAGAAAAUGAACUGAAAAAAGAAAUGGAGAAAUACAGAGAUUCAGAUCCAGAAUAUAUUGCUCAGUUAAAGAAUGAGAUUGAGGAAUUGAAAUCUGCUGUUAACCGGUGGACUGAAAAUAUCUUCAUACUGAAGUCUUAUUGCAAAAAUACAUUUCAAGUGGAGAAUGAAGUAAUUGAACAAAACUUCAAUAUACCCCAAGAUUUAGAUUACAUGGAGUUUUAAAAAUGGAUAAUAAUAUGUUUAAGUAAUGUUAUUUGUUAAGUA